UCUCUAGCACUUACUGAAGUGACUGGAGAGAAACAGGGAUUUCCAAAUGCCUGCCUUAGGAUAAAACAGAUCCCACUUCACAACUCCUCUGUCUGUUGUCUCUAAAUAGAGACCAAAAAAAUUAGUUCAAAUUUCAAUUUCUCUGAAUUGUAGCUAUCUAAAACUUAAUGUGAAAGGAAUGACUUCCUUAUGGAUUUGGAUUUAUGGUCUUUUGCAGGUGUUUAUCCUUCAGCUGGAAGGCGAGAAACACUGGCGGCUCUAGAAACCAACGGUGCCUUUAGCUCGGGAAUAUAAUGUGGAAUCAGAAGAUAGGAUUGGGAAUCCCACACAUGAGUUCAUAUUAAAGCCAGGUGACUUACUGUACUUGCCAAGAGGGACCAUCCACCAAGCUGACACUCCUCUUGGGACCUCCCAUUCAACACACGUGACCAUCAGUACCUACCAAAACAACUCUUGGGGAGAUUUCUUACCUGAUGCAAUUCCUGGCCUGGUGUUUGACACAGCAAAAGGUGACGUGGCGCUGUGGACGAGCAUCCCGAGGCAACUGCUGAUGCAGGUGAAUACAGCUGACUCCACCAAAAAGCUGAGCAGCCUUUUGAGGAGGCUUGCAGACCACCUGGACCCCCCCAGGGAACUGAGGUCAUCUGACAUGAAGAAGGACUUCAUUAUGCACCGGCUGCCACCUUGCUUGGGAUGUGACUCCGAUUCCUUGACCCCAGGUGGGAAAUUGCCAAAAAUAGACAGCAAAAUCAGACUGCAGUUCAGAGAUCACACUCUCAUCUCCGUGGAACCAGAUCAAGAGAAUGCUGAUGAAAUUCGCAGGGAGAUGGUUUAUGUGUAUCAUUCCUUAAGGAACAGGAGAGACACUCACAUGAUGGGGACAGAUGACACUGGCAGUGAGGAUGGCACGGCCCAGAAUUCGUCUGCUUCCAUGAGCUUCGCAGUGUCUCAAUAG